AUGAUCCAGCAGCUGGAACACGAUAAACAUGUCCUCGCCGCCGAGCUUGAAAGGGCUCGAGCCUACUCGACGCAGCUGCUCCGAAAAGAUGGUGAGUGGCAAGAAAAAACCUGCACUCUUGAAAAAGAACUACAGGAAGCUAGCUCUUCAGUCAAUCAGCUUGAGACUGAGCUUGGACGGGCGACAGAAGGGAUAAUUGCAGCCAUGACAGUCUUGCGGAGCUGCCAGCAUUCGAAAGAAGACAGCCUAGCCUAG